GCGGCCUUGACCCCAUGAUGUGAAACUUGUCAGACAGGCAGAUGCCGCGCUCACGAUCGAGCGCCAUGGCGGCUGCGGCGCCGAGGCCAGUGACGGGGACGUGGAAGAGUAGGGUACCAAGAGGCAGAGCUGGACAUGCGGCAGCGGUGUAUGGUGACACGUGUUAUGUGUUUGGGGGGCAUAUGGGAGAGAACAAAUGUACGGACGAAUUGCUGUCGUACGAUUUUCGGAAGAAGGAGUGGUUUUCCUUCAAUCCCGAUCCCGGCGGACCCUGUGAGCGGGAUGGGCACACUGCCUGCAUAGCGGGAGACACUCUAUAUGUUUUUGGUGGGGAGAAGUCAGGAUCCGAAGAAGAGUUGCUUAACGAUCUCUACUGCCUUAAUCUGCAAACGAUGACGUGGAGCAUUGUGCCACCAACAGAUGAUAACCCUGCACCCUCCCCUCGUCGAGGGCACUCUGCCUGUGUUUUGGGUGGUGCGAUUUAUAUCUUCGGAGGACAUAAUAGUCAUGGUGAGCGGCGGAAUGAUCUCUUUCGUUUUGACCUUGUCACCCUGACAUGGAAUGAAGAACGACCAGCUACAACGGAGCCCUUUGGGUUACCCAACCGACCAACCAAGCAUCACAUUGAGCUGCUGCCUGGAGCGGUCCCUCCCAAGGGCCGCAUCUACAGGAUGUCCCCUGCUGAGCUUGAGGAGCUUAGAAAGCAGCUUGAGACCCUGACCAGCAAGGGUUGGAUCAGACCCAACACUUCUGAAUUCGGUGCACCAGUUCUCUUUGUGCCCAAAGGGAACGGCGAGUUCAGAAUGUGUAUUGACUACAGGGGUCUCAACAAGAUCACUAGGAAGAGCACAGGGCCACUUCCUAGGAUCGACGACCUCCUGGACAUGGUGCAGGGCUGCACAGUUUUCAGCAGAGUCGACCUCAAAUCCGGCUACCACCAGAUUGAGAUGGCAGAGGAGGAUGUCUACAAGACAACCUUCAAGACCAGGUAUGGGACGUAUGAGUUCCUGGUCAUGCCAUUUCGACUUUGCAAUGCCCCAGGCACCUUCCAGACAGAGAUGCACCGCAUCUUCAGUCCUUACCUGGACAAAUUUAUGGUUGUCUACCUGGAUGACAUCCUGGUAUUCAGCAAAACUGCCAGGGAACAUGCGGAGCACUUGGCUCUUGUCCUUCAGUCGUUACGUGACAGCCAGUACAAGAUCAACAGAGAGAAAUCCUCUUUUGGAGUUCCCUCUGUUAUCUAUCUGGGUCAUGUAAUCUCUGGAGAUGGCCUGGCUCCUGAAGCAGCCAAGAUUGUUGCUAUUCAGGAGUGGCCUCAGCCACAGACAAUGAGGGAUGUCAGGUCCUUCAUGGUUCUUCAGCAGGAUGGUGGGAAUGGUCUAUGGCCUGUAGAGUUUACGAGUAAGAAGAUCAAGACUCAAAAGCUCCAGGACUCUACCUAUGAGAAAGAGUUGUAUGCUCUUGUCUGUGCCCUGAAGCAUUGGAAGCACUUUCUCCUGGGAAGGCACUUCAAGAUCUUUUCAGAUCACUCCACUUUGCAGUGGAUGAAGUCCCAGGGAGAGUUGAAUGAUAAGUUGGCACGGUAUAUUCAGUUCAUUGAUAUGUUUGACUUUGAGUUGAAGCAUAAGAAGGGUUGCUACAACAAGGUAGCAGAUGCCCUCUCUCGUAGGCGUGACUCUUUUGCGUUGAUCUCCUUUACUCACUCCUUUGGAGAGGAGACCCGUCAGAUCAUUGCUCAUCUACUGCCUCAGGAUGAGACUUUCAGACCCAUUGUCAGGAAUCUGCAAGCAGAUCCUAACUCUGAACCAGACUAUGCUCUGAGUUCAGACUUGCUGUAUACCUACAGUAGAGGUGAGGAGCGCUUGUGCAUUCCCCAGUACCAACGGCUCAGGACACUACUGAUGUCAGAGUGUCAUGAUGCCCGUGGUCAUUUUGGGUUCCUAAAGUCAUAUGCAGCCCUGUCGCAGCGCUUCUUCUGGAAGGAGAUGCGGAGUAAUAUGCUGCGUUAUGUGGACACCUGUGAGCUUUGCCAAAGGAAUAAGGUCCAUCGUAGACCUCCUUUGGGACUGCUCAAACCCUUACCCAUACCUGAUGGCCCUGCUGAAUCUGUGGCGAUAGACUUCACAGAUUUAGGCAAGACCACGCUUCACGGCAUGCGUCAGGUUAUGGUCUGCGUGGACAGGUUCUCCAAACAUGCAGAGUUUAUCCCCUUGCCAGAGGUAGCUAGGGUUCCGGCUGUGAGAGCAGCCUUUUCUGAGAGGCGGGUCACUCACCAUGGACCGCCCACUUCUAUCGUCAGUGAUAGAGACCCCAGAUUUUGCUGCGAUGAGUGGCAGUCCUACUGUAAGGACUAUCUGCACUCAAGAUUGGACAUGACUUCUGGUCAUCAUCCUGAAGCCAAUGGUCAGGCUGAGGUGAUGAACCAAGUCUUAUUCCAAUUGCUGCGUCCUGUCAUCUCUCUAGACCAGCAGGACUGGGAUCUUCACUUGGCUAGGGCACAACUCAUGUAUAACAUGUCUGUCCACUCCUCGACAGGGUUCAGUCCCUACCGGUUACACUGGAGACGUGAACCACGACAGCCUCUCGAUGAAAUCAUCGAUAAGGCUAAGCCUGAUCUGACACCAGGCACAAUAGAGUUCACCAGACGCUAUCGUCUAGAUGUGGAAAGGGCCCGCGCGAACUUGUUCAAAGCCCAAAAGGCUAUGGUGGAACAAGCGAAUCGCCACAGGCGGCCUUCCCCCAUCCACACUGGUGACUAUGUCUGGGUGGCCAGUUCUAAGCUGUCGAGGGAGGAGGAUAUCUCCCCCAAGCUGUUGCCACGUUACCUGGGUCCAUGGCAGGUCCUAGAUACAGUGGGCGUUGAUCCCUUCGGUCCGUCGUAUGUUAUCGACGUCCCACUGCAUCUACGCACCUACCCUGUCUUUCAUGCAUCCAAGCUUCUGCCUUUCACUCCAGCUGAUGCAUUUCUUGACCGGCCCCCUCAAUUCGGUCCACCGAUCCCUGGCAAGGGAUAUGACGUGGAGUGGAUUGAGGAUGAGUGGGGCACUGGCCCCGAUCGGCAGUAUCUUGUGAGGUUCGCAUUCCAGCCUCCUUCUGAGAACAGACGGUUCUACAGGAGGGAACUUCUUAAGACAGCAAAGUCAGUUCAACAGUUCAACCAACUGGUGGUGAGAUCGGGCCAUAGCUGUGUGGCAAUGAAUGACCACGAGUUGCUCAUAUUUGGGGGCUGCAAAGAGAUCCAGCAGAAUCAUUCCAGUGAUGUUUACAAGUACAAUAUUGUGCGCAAGACAUGGACACGGAUCGCCACUUUGGGAGAAGCACCGUUGCAGUGCAGCGAGCAUUCAGCUGUCGUGAUUGGAAAGUACAUGGUUGUGUAUGGCGGAUGGAUUUCUGAAUACUACAUACCAGCGAGGGCAGUUCAUGUUCUUGACCUAGAGCAAUGGACAUGGAGUGCGGUAUCUCUUGGGAAGACGAAUGACCCACCACCGGAAGUUGCAGAUCAUGCUGCUGUGGCAUGGAAAGGAGGGAUGUAUGUCUGUGGCGGCUACAGGGAAGUCGAACAGCCAACAGAGAGUAUGCUGAUGUAUGAGCUGCGACUUGAGGGUGUUGAGGGAGCUCAGGAGCCUGCAACUCCAGGACCGCCUCGCCUACAAGCCGAUAUGUUGCGAGCCAUGGCCAGUUACAAGUACUCUGACAUUGCACUGAUGGCCUCCGAUGGCAUAGAGAUACCCGCACAUCGGGUGGUCCUUGCAUCUCGGAGCGAGUACUUCAGAGCGCUCUUUGAAGGCGAAAUGCAGGAGAGCCAGCAGAAAGUAAUUCACUUGAAGACGGUCUCCAAAGACGUGCUUAUGAUUGUUUUGACUUUCAUGUAUGGUGGCGUGGUUGAAGUGCCUUCGCAUCUUCAGCUAGAGGUGAUGUCAGUUGCAGAUAUGCUGUUGCUUGAGGACCUUAAGCUUGAAUGUGAGCGGCACCUGAAGGAUGCUGUUGGAGUUGAAAACUGCUGUGCAUUUCUCCAGAGUGCUGAUAGACAUGGAGCAUCUGCUCUACGUGCCCAUUGCCUCAGUUUUCUGGUGCGGGAGUAUGAAUCAGUGGUAGGAUCUUCCGGUUAUGCUUCAUUGUUGAGCAGCUCUCCUGCACUUGCCUUGGAGAUGUCACAGGCCCUCGCAACAAGGCUGAAGGCAAUAAGUGGCCCGCGAACCUCUCGAAAGAGGCGAAAUACGAUGCAAGGAGGGGACAUCCCUGGGCCAGGUGGUGGGGGAAACUUCAACUUUGUACAUCAAGGAUUCGGAUUUUGAGCAUUUGACUUUGACCUUCACAAUCAGCAUCUUAUUUCUGACAAAUACACCACUCGUCACCGUUGUAUAAUCUCCACCCUAGUUCUCCAACUGACGAGUCUGCCGCAUGCUGUACCAGUUUCUUCCCCACUCCUGACAACUCCUCCCCUAUCAAAGUUGUGCGAGACCCCUUCCAUCCUUUGCGGUCUUUACUCGGUUUUCCUCUUCAUUGCUCGCUUUCUCUGCCGGCCGUCCUGCCUCCCAGUUCGUACGCCUUGUCAAACAUUC